GAAAUACUUGAAAGCAGCAGCUGGUGUCCUGGGUCGAUGUCUACAUAAGAUAACAUAUUACGCUGCCACUUUUUAGUUGAGAAUUACUCUAACAUGAAGUCUGUAAUAUCAUUUUUUAUCCUUUGCAUAGCCUCGAUUGGUGCGGAGCUGUCUCUACGACAGACUGAUCCCGGUGGACAAGUGCACGUGCCGGACACAAGCAACCCCGUCUUCAGUCUGGACCAGAGAAACGAUGUGGUGGCCAUCGUCACCAAGUCCGGGUGUUACCUGUACCAUCUGACGGACGAGGAAGUGCUCAGUGCGGCCAACCCAGGCGGUGUGGAUGACAUGGAUCACGUACUGAUUAGUGAACUGAAAUCGGCGAAACACUUUCUUGUGGUGGCCAAUAAUGAGUACCAUCAUCUCAGCCAUGACAUCAGGGCCGCUUGUCAACAAGGCACCACCUACGACAUUAACGAUGUGAAGAUCGGGUCAUAACCAUGAACAUGGGACAUUUGUACAUGCGUUAAUAAACACAACAAAUUCA